CCGCGCUCAGUAGUCGGCGCGCGCGGCUGCGAACGGGCGCUCUUGCCGGGCGUCCCCGGAGCCGGCAGCGAGCGCAGCGCGUCGGAGCUGGACCCGCGCCCCUGCGACCCCGCGCGCGGUUGCCCACCAUGUCAGCCUUGAUGGACAUCAAGAGCAGCGUGCUCAGACAGGUGCACGUGUGCCCGCCCUUCCGCCGGAGAGCCGAGGAGGAGCCGGGGAGCGGCGGAGCCGAUCCCAAGGAGCCUGCUGAGGAGGCCCGGAAACCUGGGGACGGUGUGGAGUUCUUUGCCCAGAUGCGCCUCAUCCUGAAGAAGGGGGAGGGCAGACAGGGCCUGCCAUGCCCGGAGGUCCUCCUGCGCAGCGAUUCCCCAGCCCCUGCCGAGCCUGUGGACCCCAGCCGUGGCUUGAGAGCUGUGACGCAGGAGGAGCAGGAGACGCUGUACGAGGAAGCUUUGUACACGGUGCUUCACCGUGCAGGGACCCUGGGCCCUGACCAGGUGGAUGACCAGGAGGCCCUGCUGGGCUACCUUCAGCAGGUGUUUGGCACUAGCCAUGAGGAGCACGCUAAGGCCGUCGAGCGUGUGAAGAAGGCCAAGGCCCCCAGGUACGCCCUGAAAGUCUCCGUCAUGCGUGCCAAGAACCUGCUGGCCAAAGACCCCAAUGGCUCCAGUGACCCGUACUGCAUGCUGGGCAUCCUGCCGGCUUCGGGUUCCCCGCGGGAGCCAGGCCCGCACAAGGAGCAGCGCUUCAGCUUCCGCAGGGGCAGCAAGCGCAGUGGCCUGCUGCCCGCCAAGUGCAUCCAGGUCACAGAGGUCAAGAGCAGCACCCUGAACCCCAUCUGGAAGGAACACUUCAUCUUUGAGAUCGAGGAUGUCAGCAUGGACCAGCUGCACCUGGACAUCUGGGACCACGAUGACGACGUGUCCGUGGUGGAAGCCUGCAGGAAGCUGAAUGAAGUCAUCGGCCUGAAGGGCAUGGGCAGGUACUUCAAACAGAUCGUCAAGUCAGCUCGCACAAAUGGGACGGCAGGGCCCGCAGAGGACCACACUGAUGACUUCCUCGGGUGCCUCAACAUACCCAUCCGGGAGGUCCCCGUGGCCGGUGAGGACCGCUGGUUCAAGCUGGAACCGCGCUCCAGCGCCUCCCGUGUGCAGGGAGACUGCCGGUUGAUCCUCAAACUGAUCACCACCCAGAGGGACACGUGCAUGGGCCAGCGCGGACGGUUCGGCUUCCGGUCAUACCUGCUGCUGCUCAGCCGUCUGCUGCAGUUCGAGCACCAAGCCCGGGAGCCCAGCUCAAGCGCCUGGCGCGGCGAGUUCAGCGGCCCAGCGGCCACAGUGCUCUGCCUGCACGGUGCGCAGAGCGACCUGUCUGCGCUGCAGCUGGCGGCGCUGCACUGGCAGGUGAGCAGCCGCCACCACCAGGCCCGCACGCUCGACUACGGCUACCUGCUGGGGCUGCUGGAGGACGUGCGCGCCCACUGGGACGAGGCGGCCCCGCUGCCCCAGGAGCAGGUGGAGGGCCUGGCAGAAAGCUUCUCCGUUUUCUCCGAGUUCGGGCUGCAGCUGCUGCGCCGGCUCCGAGACUACUUCCCUGCCACCAACAGCAAGGCUGUGAGCCGCCUGGAGCUCCUGCUCAAGUGUCUCGGCAAGCUGCAGCUCUUCCAGCCUUCCUUCGAGGUCCGCCCCUUCGAGACAGGGCUGAACACGGACAUCGCUGUGGCCCUGAAGAGAGGCAAUCGCGAAUGGUAUGACAGGCUCCUGACCACCAAGACGCCUCGUGAGCAGCCCGGGCCGCAGCGCCUUACCGGGAUGGUCGAGCUGGCCGACGACGUCUAUGAGGACCUGCGGUCCUGCUACGGCAUCUACACCAGCCUCUUCCACAGCAUCGUCAAGAUCGACUUCUUCACGCUCACCUUCCGGCAGCUGGAGCGCCUGGUGGCUGAGGAAGCAUGGGUGCUGAUAGAGGAGCUGAGCCCCAAAAUGACCCUCGAGGUGGCCUCAGGGCUCUUUGAGCUCUACCUGACCCUGGCAGACAUCCAGCGUCUCUGGAGCAGCACCCCGGGCCGGGAUGGCCGCUCCCUCGCACUGGCUGGCAUCCACGCCCCAUUUCUGCCCGCUGUGAAGCUGUGGCUGCAGGUGCUUCGGGACCAAACCAAGUGGAGGCUUCAAGGCGCUGUGGACGUGGACACGCUGGAGCCCAUGGAUGCGUCCUCCAAGCACAGCAGCUCUGCGGCCACUGCAAGCCUCUGCUUCGGUCACAUCCAGGAGCUGUGGGCCCGCCUGGCCUGGCCAGACCCCACCCAGGCCCAGGGGCUGGGCACCCAGCUCAGCCAGGACCUGUGUGAGGCUGCCCUCUUCUACACCCAGCUGCUGCGGAAGAAGGUGGACACUCAGCCCGGGGCCGCGGGCGAGGCAGUGAGUGAGCCGCUCUGUGUGGUCCUCAACAAUGUGGAGCUUCUGCGCAAGGCUGCUGGGCAGGCACUGCGGGGUCUGGCAUGGCCGGAGGGGGCGGCAGGGUCCGAGGGGGUGCUCCCGCGCCCCCUGCUCAGCUGCACGCAAGCCCUGGACGAGGACCUGCAGCAGGAGGCUCACACUGUGACAGCGCACCUGACCUCAAAGAUGGUAGGUGACAUCAGGAAGUGCGUGCAGCACAUUGGCCUGUCUCCCGACUCCAUCCAAAGCGAGGAGGCUGUGGCCCCGCUCAUGAAGUACCUGGACGAGAAGCUGGCACUGCUGAACACCUCGCUGGUGAAGGAGAACCUGAGCAGGGUACUGGAGGCCCUCUGGGAGCUGCUCCUGCAAGCCAUCCUGCAGGCUCUGGGUGCAAACCUCGAUGUCUCUGCCGACUUCUACAGCCGCUUUCACUUCACGCUGGAGGCUUUGGUCAGUGUGUUCCACGCCGAGGGCCAGGGCCUGCCCCUGGAGAGCCUGUGCGACGGAAGCUACAAGAGGCUGCAGGAGGAGCUGCGCCUGCACAGGUGCUCCACGCGCGAGUGCAUCGAGCAGUACUACCUGGACAAGCUGAAGCAGCGCCCUCUGGAGCAGAACCGCUUCGGCCGCCUGAGCGUGCGUUGCUAUUACGAGGCUGCGGAGCAGCGGCUGGUGGUGGAGGUGCUGCAUGCUGCCGACCUGCUUCCCCUGGACGCCAACGGCCUGAGCGACCCCUUUGUGAUCGUGGAGCUGGGCCCGCCACACCUUUUUCCGCUGGUCCGCAGCCAGAGGACCCAGGUCAAGAGCCGGACGCUGCACCCCCUGUACGACGAGCUCUUCUACUUCUCCGUGCCGGCCGAGGUGUGCCGCCGCCGCAGCGCCUGCGUGCUGUUCACCGUCAUGGACCACGACUGGCUGUCCUCCAAUGACUUCGCGGGGGAAGCGGCCCUCAGCCUGGGCAGCAUUGGCGGCAUCGCACGGCCCCAGGUGGGAGGGAGCACGAGGGCCAGGCAGCCCGUCACCCUGCACCUGCGCCGGCCCCGAGCCCAGGUGAGGUCAGCGCUGAGGAUGCUGGAGGGCCGCGCCAACAGGGACGCACAAGAGUUUGUCAAGAGACUCAAGGAGCUGGAGAAGUGCAUGGAGGCAGACCCCUGAGUCCCCGGGCCGCCAGCCCCAGGCCCUCCCCAAGUCCCCACGCUUCCUCCACCUGCCUGUGGUCAGCUCUGUGCAGCGGGGGCCCGUGGCGCCCCUUCCCCUGUGUGGCAUGCAUGCUGUGGCUGGACCCCUGGGUGCCAUCUGCCCUGGGUGUACCCCUGUGGUGUGUGCUGUGAACCCCGUGCCCAGCAUCCAACCCCCACACUGAUCUGGGCAGCUGACUCGGCAUGGCCUGGCCAGCAGCUGCCCCCCAUGCAGAGCAGAGCAGGCCUGGCCCCCAGUGAGCUCCUGUCUGCUCCCUCAGAUGCCAGAGCCCCAGGGCAGGUAGGCAGGCAGGCACUGCUCCUAGAGGGUUCUUGGUGGGGUGGCCUUGCCCUGCAGGGGACGUUAGGUUCGUCAGUUGGGACUGGAGGCGAAGCACCAGUGGGUAGAGACCAGGUGCUUCUCGACGUCCUGCAGCAACACCCCACCGCCCGCCCAGGGAACGGUCCUUCCAAAGACAUCACCAGCCCUGCAGCAGAGCCCCACCUGAGGGGGGAGCUCUGUCCUCUGCCUCUCUUGUGGGGUGGGGUGGACAAGGCCUUACUAGACGGAGGCAGGAAGGCUGGUGUUUGAGUCUGAACAAGCCACGUCUUGGGGGGAGUCCAGGGCCCCAGGAUGGGGGAGCAUGAGUGGAGUCCUCUCUGCCUCCAAGACCCUCUACCUGCUGAGGGCAUGCAGACAGGUCGGCUAAGAGCUCCCGGUCUCGUCCUCACUGGCUCACAGGCUCAGCACAUGCCCCCCCCGGGGCAACUCUGAGGCUGGUGGGUCAGUGCCAACUGGCUGGCUUCUCCUAUGUGUCCACACCAAUGCGAGACCUACCCACUGCCUGCCACCCCACGGCCUGGACCCUUCAUGCAGGGUCCGCCUCACUAGAGACCGAGAGUCCCUCUAAGCCUCCAGGCCAAGUGCAAAGAAACAGGCUCACACGGGGGGUCUCAGUGGCCUGCAGCUUGUUGGGAGAGGUCUAAGGCAAGGCCCGGAGAGACCCCUGCAGGGCUGACCCCUGCUCCCAGCCGCACGGACUCAGGCCGCCAGGCCCGUCUGUCCCCCAAGUCCUCUGCCGCCUCUGGAUCUCCUCAUUGCUCCAUCCUGGAAAAUACACGUGCCUGCGGUCUUCA